GAGGCGGAAGCGGCGCUUGCUUCAGGUGGAGUCUAUUAGUUGUUGAGAAAGCGUUAGGGUGAGUUUAAGGCACUGUGGCAGCUGUGAGAUAAAGUCUGAUUCCUCCCCAGCUGGCUCAGGAAAUGUUCGCGGAUACAAUGGCGGCCCCCUCUGGGCAUACCUGCCUGUGGAGCGGAGAGUGGACGGUGUGAGGGGGACCGGGAGAGGCACCAAAUCUGGCCUGGGGGCCCGAGAAGCUUCCUCUCAGUGACCACAAUAUGAAUGGGAACAGCAAGACGGCAAAAGCUUGCUGAGUGGUGCAGCGCCAGCCUGGGUAGUGGCCUCCCCAGCAAGUUGCAUGUCACUAGCUUCCUGUGGCUGUCACUCCUGGGCCCAGGCACCUCCGAAGAUCAGCACCUCCUCAUGGGCUCAAGCGAGGACAGGAGCCCGUCACCCAUGAGCUCGCAAGGGCAGAGCCACUGUCCUGUCUCGAUGGCUCCACCGUGACUCCAGUGGACUUUGGACAGUGGGGAGCAGGCCCAAUAGGGCCACUCGGAUGUGGUCACUCUGGAUUUGGGUGGAUCAGCACCAAGCUAGACUCAUCCCCAGCCCCCAGGUGCUGUUGCGCUCCUGCGUGAGUCCCCAUCCACAGCUGCAGCUGUGGCGGGGUGGCUAGUGGUGGCCAGCAUGGCCCUGCUGUAGCUCCACGCUGUGGGGGGCGUGGCCCUGACCAGCAGCCACCCCUCCAUGUGGGCCACAGUGGAGGAGCUUAGGAAGCCGCCUUGGCAAGGUCCCGCAGGCUCUGCGUCUGGUGUGGAAGAGCUCAAGGCGAAGCACUCCUGCCCAGGACCCGAGGAGCCGGCCACUGUUCAGAAGGCCCCAGCUUGAAGGCCUGGAGAGCCGCCCAGCAGCACAACACAGGCAAGCUUGGGGAGCAAAAGGAGAAAAUUGUCAUCAAAGGAUAUUCCAGAUUCUUGACAGCAUUCUCAUCAUCUCUGAGGACAUCACCAUCAUCUCAGGAUGAGGAGCAUGAAGCUGCUGGGGGCGCUGCUGGCACUGGCGGCCCUACUGCAGGGGGCCGUGUCCCUGAAGAUCGCAGCCUUCAACAUCCAGACAUUUGGGGAGACCAAAAUGUCCAAUGCCACCCUCGUCAGCUACAUUGUGCAGAUCCUGAGCCGCUAUGACAUCGCCCUGGUCCAGGAGGUCAGAGACAGCCACCUGACUGCCGUGGGGAAGCUGCUGGACAACCUCAAUCAGGAUGCACCAGACACCUAUCACUACGUGGUCAGUGAGCCACUGGGACGGAACAGCUAUAAGGAGCGCUACCUGUUCGUGUACAGGCCUGACCAGGUGUCUGCGGUGGACAGCUACUACUACGAUGAUGGCUGCGAGCCCUGCGGGAACGACACCUUCAACCGAGAGCCAGCCAUUGUCAGGUUCUUCUCCCGGUUCACAGAGGUCAGGGAGUUUGCCAUUGUUCCCCUGCAUGCGGCCCCGGGAGACGCAGUAGCCGAGAUCGACGCUCUCUAUGACGUCUACCUGGAUGUCCAAGAGAAAUGGGGCUUGGAGGACGUCAUGUUGAUGGGCGACUUCAAUGCGGGCUGCAGCUAUGUGAGACCCUCCCAGUGGUCAUCUAUCCGCCUGCGGACAAGCCCCGCCUUCCAGUGGCUGAUCCCCGACAGCGCUGACACCACAGCUACACCCACGCACUGUGCCUAUGACAGGAUCGUGGUUGCAGGGAUGCUGCUCCAAGGCGCUGUUGUUCCCGACUCGGCUCUUCCCUUUAACUUCCAGGCUGCCUAUGGCCUGAGUGACCAACUGGUAGGUGUCCUCCCUUGCACAGCCACAUGAGGAUGGGACACAGGAGCUCAGUUCUCAGUUCACACCUGCUCUGGAGCAGGGCUGGGAGAAAGACACCGCCUUCCUGCCUCAGCGGCACUCCCGGGCAACACGUGCCGAGCAGGGACCCACAGGGUCUCCACCUGACACCAUGGGCUUCUGCUGCUGCUGGAAGGACACCCAACGGGCCAGGUACUGGGAGCCACCAGCUGGCCAGCCUGUUAGGGACACUGCGGCCAAGUGGUGGUCCAUCCCCGGGAAAGCCUCACCUUCACGUUGGUGACACGCGACCCCAGCACAUUUCUCAUCCAGGCCAAGAGCUCCUCCGUCUCCUUCUCUGAUAGGCACUCGGCGGCUGCGGAAGAGCAGGCGACAGGGAGCUCAGGCCUGCACCCCCACUCCCCGGCUUCCAUGGGGGCCACGCAGCAUGCUGCCAGCUCCCACCUCCUCUCCCACCAGGAUGGAGACACAAGCUAGCAAGAUGCUUUUCAUCUAAAAGUAAAACCUCAAAGGAUGCUUCAGGUUGCCUGAGGCCCAUACAACUUGGUUAGGGCUUUAAAAAAAUACACAGCCUCUCAAGAAGCUGGGCCAGCUCCAGAAGCCACCGUGGCAGGAGCACUGGACAGACCCCUGAUAUCUAAACCAGGAGGCACCUUCCUCCAGUCACCAGGGUGCUCCCACAAGGCUCUUCUCGGGGGUGGCUGAGCCCAGGUCAACUGACGAAAACCCAAAGGAAGCCCUCGCUGCAGGGCAGGAGAGGCGUGCAGGGAGUGGAAACCGGCCCCACGCCUAGAGAGCUGGGGAUGCCGACCUGGGGACCUGUCCUCAAACUUCUCCUCCUUGUAGUGAUCCACGACUAUGUCCGUCUCCACAGAGAUCAGCUUCUUCUUGUCAAACUCACGAAGGUGCAGCAGGGUGAGCUCAUCAAACUGCUCAAAGCAGAAGAGAACCUGCAGGUGGCCAAGAGCAGCUCCAUCAGGCCCCGGGGGCCUCCAGCCACCACAGAAGAAAGGAUGUGGGCGGCAGGAGGGCUGGGGGAGCCAAGCGGGCCACACUGGGGAACACCGGGGCAGUUAGGGUUCCUAGGCCUGCAUGACAGUUACUGCGACCCUGGGUCUAAGGAAGGCUCUGACUGCCUUCAAGGCAGAAGCACUCCACGCAUAAGGAAAUCCACAUGUGGCUGAGUGCAGUGGCUCAUGCCUGUAAUCCCAGCACUUUGGGAGGCCAAAGCAGGCAGAUGACAAGGUCAGGCGUUCCAGACCAACAUGGUGAAAUGCCGUCUCUACUAAAAAUACAAAAAUUUGCUGGGUGUGGUGGUGUGCACCUGUAGUCCCAGCUACUCAGGAGGCUGAGGCAGGAGAAUGACCUGAACCCAGGAGGCGGAAGUUGCAGUGAGCCGAGAUCGCACCACUGCACUCUAGCCUGGGCAAGAGAGCAAGACUCCGUCUCAAAAAAAAAACAAACAAAAAAAACCACAUGUGACCUCCAAGUGGGAAACAGCCGUCACAGUCGGUCCGGCCUCUGUGCCCGUGACCCUGACUCACUGUGCAGCCCUGCCGGGAGUCUUGGGCAGGUUCACCCAGCACAGAGCUGAGAAGGUCAAGACCCUCCCCAGGAUGCAGCCCCCGGAGCUCGCCCCACCCACCGCUCACGCACCUCUGUGUCUUUCUUCUUCAUGGCCUCAUAGUAGGGUGAGUGCUCUGCCAGGUGACGGUUGGGGGCGCACAGGUAGUAGAUGUUGCGGGUGCCGGCCCGCAUGCGGCUGGCAUAUUCUGAGAGGCUGGUUAGCUGCCCGGAGGGCAGCGCCGAGGACUCGUAGCGCAGCAGCUUUGCUAUGUCCUCCUAGAAGGGACGGGGCAGGUCACCACUUAUUCCAGGCCCAUGGGCUCAAUGUUGCCCAACUAACUGGGCGCAAACCCUCCGACGCCCAUGGCCUCCUGGCACUCCAGGCUGGCCCUGACCCGAGGGACGGUAGUGGACUCGGGGGUUGUCCGAGACCAGGCCUUGCUCUGCCCAUCAGGCCCCUUUUGGGAGCUCUGGGGGCUUAGGAAGCACGUCCUGCCCCAGAUGGCCCAGGGGCUCUCCAGGGAGCUAUGCGCACCACGCCCUGGGAGGGAACCCCACCCAACAGCAGAGCCCGGCCUGGACCCAGCGCCUUCCCUCUGCCCUCAGUGACAGAGUCAGUGUCUGGUGGGCACACGGACACGGGUGAAGUCCACGGUUCCCGGCCCUCCUCACAGCUGGCUAUGGCAGAGACUGGCUUUGGCCAGUGGGUUUCAGUGGGAUUUGGAGAAGGGCCCUUAGGGGAGGGGUUUGCCCUCCUCCCCAUCAGUUGAACGCAGCUACCUCUAGAGCUCAUGGGAGCUGCAGCUGGAAGGACGCAGGGGGAAAACAGAAAGAGGGAAAAGCAAGGAGCUGGACACCCAACCAGCAGGGCCCAGGCCACCCCUGCAUACAUGGUGGGUGUGCAUUGAUAAGACAUGUCACACGUGCACACCUACAAAGACCUAGAAAUGUCUCUCUUACCUGUGUGCUGUUAACUCAAAUGGAGAUAAAUGAGAAUGAAGAGGCCUGUGUCAGAAGCUGCCGAAGUCGGCAAACAACCAGAACACAGCCUCCUUGGGACCCCACACACGUGGUCACCCUCCUCCUGCUGCUGGGGAGAAGGGACGGGACACCAGCACGGGAUGGGGUCCUGGGAUGAAAUGUUCUGGGGUUACAGUGGAGGCAGCCACACCACACUGGGAAUGCACUAAAUGCCACUGAAUUGUACGUGUUGAAAGGUGAAUUCUGUGAAUCUGAUGCUAUGUAAAUUGUAUCUCAAUAAAAAAUGGACAAAAAAUGUU